CCUAACUUGUUCCAUACUGUCACUGUGCUUAUACUAGUUAUACUGUCAAUGAUAAUUAACAGUUUAAUAUUUCAGCUUACACCAGUAAAGUGUGAAAUCAUUGUGUGGAAUAACCAUGUCUCUCAAUUUCCAGAGUAUAAACCUGUCCGAGCCUACAGAAGAGUUUAAGCAGUCUGUGUGUAAGAACUUCAACACAAGUCUUGAACAGCUGGAGAAAGACGUUCUUUCACUCAGAGAAUGGCUGAAGUCUCAGACACAUCUACCUCAGUGCGCCAGCGACACAAUGUUAAAAGCGUACUUGAUAGCCUGCAAGAAUAAAAUGGAUAGAGCCAAAACCAAAAUAGAGAACUACUACGUCGCAAGAGCUGAGCUUCCUGAGAUAUUCUCUGAUAGAGAUCCGGCCAGUCAGAAAAUUACAAUUGACGGAGAAAUCAUACACAUAUACACACUGCCCAAACUGACUCCGGACGGCUGUAGAGUGAACAUGGUUGGCUUCCGAACCACAGAGGCAAAGAGGUUUGACACAAACGCUUAUUCCAAGAGAACACUGAUGGCCGAAGACAUUAAGAUCAACAAGGAAGCGUUUGUGAACGGAGCUUAUUUUGUGUUUGACGGAAGAUUCAUGUCGAUGAGCCAUGUGAUGAAGGUGACUCCCCGUAUGUGUUACAAUUUGGUACACUGUGCUCAGAAUGUCCUGCCAGUCAUCAUCAGGGGAAUUAUAUUUAUAAACGCUCCUUCAUACCUAGAGAUAAUUCUGAGCUUCCUGAGACCAUUCAUGAAGAGCAAGUUGUUCCAGAGGAUUCAUGUACACACUAAGGGACCAGAAGUGCUGGAGAAGUAUUUCCCGAUAGCUCUCUUGCCCAAAGACUACGGAGGAGAAGAGGACAACAGUGACCUACUGAAUGAGUCCUGGAUGAAGUGUUUGAGAGAUAAUAAAGACUGGUUUUUGAAAGAAGGACAGCUAAAAGCAGACAUAAAAGUUGCUCCAACCGAGAAAAAGAAGGAGUUUGAAGAGAUGCAGGGAUCUUUCAAAGCUCUUGCUAUUGACUGAAGAAAUCCAGGUGAUUGUCUGUGAUAGAGCAAGGGUUCAACUGUUUUGAAAAGAAAUAAUGAAGAACAGUACAAAGAAGAAAUGUAAUUUACAUUAACUAUAUUUAAGAGACCUUCAUUUUUUGUAUAAAAUUUGUUAAAAUAUUUAUAAAAUUUAUUAUAAAUGAAAAUUCUUGUAAAACAUA